AUGCCUCCCAUCACCCUUCUACCCGCAGUCCCUCUCGAGUUUCCGCUACCUUUGGACAGGUUUGGCCAGUUCUAUGCCUACAUCGACGCGGUCGGCGAUGACGAUGUGCUGACGGAGAACAUGCUCCAGUCAGCCAUGAAUCUCCUUACCACCCUUGCCUCUGGAAACGUGACUCCAGAUGUCAUGUCGACGGCUGGAAUGCUAGUCGUCCGGGAAAAGGUAGACCUCGCCCAGAUUCUUGGUGGCACGUCAGGCCAGACGACAUCAUUCACCCAGCAGCGUAUCCCGGCCCUCUUGAUCAAGUGGAAAAACGAGGUCGAUGCGCUCAGAAAAGCUCAGGUGCCAAGUCAAUCGCAGACGAGCAAGACGGUCGCCAGUCACCAGAGUGGUGUCCGCAACCCAGACAUAGUGGUCAUCUUCAAGCCGCCCUGA